ACUACAUGCCACAAGAGGUCAGGAAACGUCUACACAACACCAAUGGCCAACAGAGGCAGUAUACCUGUCUUACAUUGUCUAGCAUUGUUCAGUCUGUUACAAUAAAUUACACAUUUAAAGAAAUGUUAUAUCCACAAAAAGUAUGACAUGAUAUAAAACUCCAUGUCCAGGCACUCAAAUGCUGAUGAGUUUGACUUAAAAUCAUGUAUAUGUACAUAUACAUAUUUAUAUUUGUCACACACUCUUCACCAACUUAACUGCAGAUGUAUAGUCAGUUUAUUAGAACAAAGAUGAUUGCUACUCCAUCUUAACUGUCUCCUGCGCAAGAAGACGUCUAAAUCAUUUUUGUUAAUGAAAGCUAUUUACUAUAGUGGUAGAAUAGCAAAGCUGGUGGUGUAUAGGCUAGUUAUACCAUACAGUCAAGCCCUUGAUCUUUCCUCUUGACAAUUUACCUUGUGUGUGUGAGAUUUAUUGGGCUGUUGGAGUACAUGAGACAUUGUUCUUUUUACAGACCUGGGCCUCAUGCAAGGCAUGGAAACAUACUGAAGAGCUUCAUCUGUUUGUGGCCGGUGGACGAUGGCAUCCUGAAAGAGAUUGACAUUAGCCAGCACACCAAAGAGGGAUUUGAAAAGGCAGACCCCUCCCAGUUUGAGCUGCUGAAAGUGCUAGGCCAAGGCUCCUAUGGAAAGGUGUUCCUGGUGAGAAAAAUCAGAGGCUCUGACAGGGGACAGCUUUAUGCCAUGAAAGUGUUAAGGAAAGCAACGCUAAAAGUCCGGGAUCGGGUGCGGUCCAAAAUGGAGAGAGAUAUUCUGGCUGAAGUCAAUCACCCGUUCAUAGUCAAACUCCAUUACGCCUUUCAGACGGAAGGGAAGUUGUAUCUGAUUCUAGACUUCCUCCGAGGGGGAGACCUCUUCACACGGCUUUCCAAAGAGGUGAUGUUUACUGAGGAGGAUGUGAAGUUCUAUCUGGCUGAGCUGGCCUUGGCCUUAGAUCACCUUCACAGUCUGGGCAUCAUCUACAGAGACCUCAAACCAGAGAAUAUCCUUCUUGACGAGGAGGGGCACAUCAAGAUUACAGAUUUCGGGCUGAGUAAAGAGGCAACAGACCAUGACAAGCGAGCGUACUCCUUCUGCGGGACGAUAGAGUACAUGGCCCCUGAGGUGGUCAACAGAAGAGGACAUACACAGAGUGCGGACUGGUGGUCAUUUGGCGUCUUAAUGUUUGAAAUGCUGACAGGAUCUCUACCAUUUCAAGGCAAAGACCGCAAGGAAACAAUGGUCCUGAUACUGAAGGCAAAACUUGGCAUGCCGCAAUUCUUAAGCCCAGAGGUGCAAAGUCUAAUACGGGCCCUCUUCAAAAGAAAUCCUGCCAAUAGAUUAGGUGCUGGACCAGAUGGCGUCGAGGAGAUUAAAAGGCAUCAUUUCUUUGGAAAUAUAGAUUGGAAUAAGCUUUACAGAAGAGAGAUCAAGCCUCCAUUCAAACCAGCGGUGGGCAGGCCAGAAGACACCUUCCACUUUGACCCCGAAUUCACCUCCCGCACACCAACAGACUCGCCUGGCCUCCCUCCCAGUGACAACACACACCAGCUCUUCAGAGGGUUCAGCUUCGUGGCCACUAAUCUGGACCAGGACCAGUCCAUUGCUGAAAUACAGCAGAACUCAACUGUCAACCCUAUUGUACAACAACUUCAUGGGACCAACAUCCAUUUCACAGAUGGGUAUGAGGUAAAGGAGGAGGUGGGCUUGGGGGCGUACUCUGUCUGCAAACGAUGCAUCCACAAAAUCACCAGUGUUGAAUAUGCUGUCAAAAUCAUCGACAGAGUUAAGAAAGAUCCAUCUGAGGAAAUUGAGAUUCUGUUGAGAUACGGGCAGCAUCCAAACAUCAUCACACUGAAGGAUGUCUAUGAUGAUGGGAGGUAUGUGUACCUUGUGAUGGAGCUGAUGAGAGGUGGGGAGCUGCUGGACAGAAUACUCUAUCAGAAGUGUUUCUCUGAGCGAGAGGCCUCUGCUGUUCUCUGCACUAUUACCAAGACAGUAGAGUACCUUCACUCACAGGGGGUGGUACAUCGAGACCUGAAACCAAGCAACCUCCUCUAUGUGGAUGAAACGGGAGAUCCUGAAUCGAUCCGAAUAUGUGAUUUUGGGUUCGCCAAACAAUUAAGGGCGGAAAAUGGUCUCCUCAUGACGCCCUGUUACACAGCAAACUUUGUGGCUCCAGAGGUCCUGAAGAAGCAGGGGUAUGAUGCUGCUUGUGACAUCUGGAGUUUGGGGAUCCUACUCUACACUAUGCUCGCAGGCUUCACCCCUUUUGCCAAUGGUCCUGAUGACACCCCGGAGGAAAUACUGGCUCGCAUUGGUAGCGGAAAAUAUGCCCUCACCGGCGGAAACUGGGAUACGGUUUCUGAUGCUGCAAAGGACAUAGUCACUAAGAUGCUCCAUGUGGAUCCACACCAACGGCUGACGGCUCCCCGGGUCCUCAGACACCAGUGGAUAGUCAACCAAGAACAGCUGUCUCAGUGUCAGCUCAUCAGACAGGAUGUACAGCUUGUUAAGGGAGCAAUGGCUGCAACAUACUUGGCUUUGAAUCGAUCGCCUCUGGCCCCAAAGCUGGAGCCUGUGCAGUGUUCAAGUUUGGCCCAGAGAAGAGGAAUGAAGAGACUCACAUCCACUUGUUUAUAGCACCGUCUUAGAUGAUUCAGGGACAGCUUGAAAAUGGGGCAAGGUGCAAUGACUUUCAUCAGACACUGGUUUAAGUGCCCGUCCAAAGAACCAGGAAGUCUACAGUAGUGGGAACAAGGAGGAGCCACUUGUAACAAGGGGGGGAAAAAUUGUAGAGAAGAUGCAUCACAUUGUUGCACUAAGACAGGAAUCUUUACAGAUUUUAGAUGCACUCGAAACAAACAAAUGGUGGCAUCGAAGACAAAGCAGAAUUCUGUUAAAUUGUUCUUAAAUGUAUCAUUUGUAUUGAAGAAAUGUAACAUUAAUAUAUUUUAUUUUAUUCAUUCAUAUUUGCCUUUUCAUUUAGGUGGCAUCUGAAACUGUUUGUUUGUUAAGUGACACCUGUGUAUUAUCUCGAGUAUGUUUAGAAUGAUAUUGUCUAGGAGACCAAGUAACCUUAUGCAACGUUGAGUUGACACUUUGUCAUAAUGGCUGUAACAGAAAAGUCUAGAACAGCUUGUAGUUCAUAACUACAUGAUACACAUUUUACGAGAUUUUAUCGACAGCAUCUGUAUUUUUCCCUGUGUCUGAAAAUAAGCAUGUUGGUAUGUUACUUUGCUGACACAUUGUUCAGUCUAAAAGUUAAAUUACAGCUGCUAAGGAUAUAUAUGUUGGUACAUUUUGUAGCAUUCCAGACAUCCACAGUUAUUAUAGACAUUAAAAUAAACUGAAAUAGCUGAAUGAGUACAGAGUAUGCACUGCAUUCAGAAAGUAUUCAGACCCCUUGACUUUUUCCAGAUUUUGUUACGUUACAGCCUUAUCUAAAAUUGAUUAAAUAAAUAAAACAUCCUCAUCAAUCUACACACAAUACCCGAUAAUGAAUAGCAAAAACAGGUUUUUAGAUAUUUUUUUUGCAAAUGUACAAUUAAAAAAAACGGGAAUACUUUAGUUACAUAAGUAUUCAGACCCUUUGCUAUGAGACUCAAAAUUGAGCUCAGGUGCAUCCUGUUUCCAUUGAUCAUCCUUGAUGUUUCUACAACUUGAUUGGAGUCCACCUGUGGUAAAUUUAAUUGAUAUGACAUGAUUUGGAAGGCACACACCUUUCUACAUAAGGUCCCACACUUGACAGUGCAUGUCAGAGCAGAAACCAAGUCACGAGGUCGAAGGAGGUGUUCGUAGAGCUUCGAGACAUGAUUGUGUCAAGGCACAGAUCUAGGGAAGGGUACCAAAAAAUAUCUGCAGCAUUGAAGGUCCCCAAGAACAAAGUGGCUUCCAUCAUUCUUAAAUGGAAGAAGUUUGGAACCACCAAGACUUUUCCUAAAGCUGGCCACCAAGCCAAACUGAGCAAUCGGGGGAGAAGGGCCUUGGUCAGGGAAAUUACCAAGAACCCGAUGGUCACCCUGAUAGAGCUCUAGAGUUCCUCUGUGGAGAUGGGAGAAUCUUCCAGAAGGACAACCAUCUCUGCAGCACUCCACCAAUCAGGCCUGUAUGGUAGAGUGGCCAGACAGAAGCCACUCCUCAGUAAAAGGCACAUGACAGCCUGCUUGGUGUUUGCCAAAAGGCACUUAAAGGACUCUCAGACCAUGAGAAACAAGAUUCUCUGGUGUGAUGAAACCAAGAUUGAACUUUCUGGCCUGAAUGCCAUGCGUCACGUGUGGAGGAAACCUGGCACCAUCCCAAUGGUGAAGCAUGGUGGUGGCAGCAUCAUGCUGUGGGGAUGUUUUUCAGCGGCAGGGACUGGGAGACUAGUCAGGAUUGAGGCAAAGAUGAACAGAGCAAAGUACAGAGAGAUCCUUGAAAACCUGCUCCAGAGCACUCAGGAACUCAGACUGGGACAAAGGUUCACCUUCCAACAGGACAACGACCCUAAACAAACAGCCAAGACAAUACAGGAAUGGCUUCGGGACAAGUCUCUAAAUGUCCUUGAGUGGCCCAGUCAGAGCCCGGACUUGAACCCAAUCUAACAUCUCUGGAUGUUAGAAGAAUGGGGAAAAUUCCCAAAUACAGAUGUGCCAAGCUUGUAGCAUCGUACCCAAGAAGACUCGAGGCUGUAAUUGCUGCCAAAGGUGCUUCAACAAAGUACUGAGUAAAGGGUCUGAAUACUUAUGUAAAUGUGAUAUUUCUGUUUUUUCAUUUCAAUAAGUUAGCAAACAUUUCUUAACCUGUUUUUCCUUUGUCAUUAUGGGGUAUUGUGUCUAGAUUGAUGAGGGGGAAAACCAAUUUAAUCAAUUUUAGAAUAAGGCUGUAACAUAACAAAAUGUGAAGAAAGUCAAGGGGUCUGAUAACAUCCGAAUGCACUGUCUGUCUGCAUCAGUAGAUGCUGCUGAAGGAGGACGGCUCAUAAUAAUGUCUGGAAUGAUGUCAUUGGAAUGGUAUUAACCACAUGGAAACCAUGUUUGAUACCAUUCCAUUGACUCCAUUCCAGCCAUUCCUAUGAGCAGCCCUCCCCUCAGCAUCCUCUACUGGUCUGCAUCAAUCUAUAACUUUCAGGUUGGUUCAUAAGGUUAGACAUACUGUAGUGUACAAUAUUUAUUUUCUGUAGCUUACAGUUCAAUAUUAUUUUCUUUGUAAAAUCUAGUGUGCAUUAUGUUGGAUGCUUUUGAUAGUUUUGGCAAUUUCUAACAUAAUAUUCUACUUUUGUUUUGGGGAGUGGUACUGAAACAGACUCAUUAUAAAUUGUCAAUGCAAGUUAUAUUUCUUGUGUAAAUGUGACUUAAGUUAUUGUAUCAAACAACUGUAUAUAUUGUUUCUACAUUAUCCAUUAUGUUUGUGUAUUAAUGUAUGUUUAUGUCCGUUUGUUUUUAUUUUUUAAUACAUGACAUAUUUAAGUGUUUUUACCUGAUCUGAAGUGCACUAUGUGUUAGGUAAAUUACUUUUUAGAGGGAUGUAUUUGUUUUAGUAGCAGAUACAUUGGUAUGCAUUUAUUAGCAUUACCUUGUUUCCUGUCUGUUAAAUAGCUAAUUUGGGGUGGGGGGGGGGAUAUAUCAACAAAGAUUAAUCUUAAAACAUUAUGGAACCAAUAUGAGUGGAUUGAUUUAGUGUCCAUAUGUUGAACACAGCAUAAAACAUAUACAGUUGAAGUCAGAAGUUUACAUACACUAAGUUGACUGUGCCUUUAAACAGCUUGGAAAAUUCCAGAUAAUGCUGUCAUGGUUUUAGAAGCUUCUGAUAGGCUAAUUGACAUAAUUUGAGUCAAUUGGAGGUGUACCUGUGGAUGUAUUCAAGGCCUACCUUCAAACUCAGUGCCUCUUUGCUUGACAUCAUGAGAAAAUCAAAAGAAAUCAGCCAAGACCUCAGAAAAAAAUUGUAUACCUCCACAAGUCUGGUUCAUCCUUGGGAGCAAUUUCCAAACGCUUGAAGGUACCACGUUCAUCUGUACAAACAAUGGUACGCAAGUAUAAACACUAUGGCAUCACGCAGCCAUCAUACCGCUCAGGAAGGAGACGCGUUCUGUCUCCUAGAGAUGAAUCCCAGAACAACAGCAAAGGACCUUGUGAAGAUGCUGGAGGAAACCGGUACAAUAGUAUCUAUAUCCACAGUAAAACGAGUCCUAUAUCGACAUAACCUGAAAGGCCGCUAAGCAAGGAAGAAACCACUGCUCCAAAACCGCCAUAAAAAUGCCAGACUACGGUUUGCAACUGCACAUGGGGACAAAGAUUGUACUUUUUGGAGAAAUGUCCUCUGGUCUGAUGAAACAAAAAUAGAACUGUUUGGCCAUAAUGACCAUCGUUAUGUUUGGAGGAAAAAGGGGGGUGCUUGCAAGCCGAAGAACACCAUCCCAACCAUGAAGCAUGGGGGUGGCAGCAUCAUGUUGUGGGGGUGCUUCGCUGCAGGAGGGACUGGUGCACUUCACAAAAUAGAUGGCAUCAUGAGGCAGGAAAAUGAUGUGGAUAUAUUGUAGCAACAUCUCAAGACAUCAGUCAGGAAGUUGAAGCUUUCUUGCAAAUGGGUCUUCAAAAUGGACAAUGACCCCAAGCAUACUUCCAAAGUUGUGGCAAAAUGGCUUAAGGACAAGAAGGUCAAGGUGUUGGAGUGUCAAUCACAAAGCCCUGACCUCAAUCCUGUAGAAAAUUUGUGGGCAGAACUGAAAAAGCGUGUGCGAGCAAGGAGGCUUACAAACCUGACUCAGUUACACCAGCUCUGUCAGGAGGAAUGGGCCAAAAUUCACCCAACUUAUUGUGGGAAGCUUGUGGAAGGCACCUGAAACGUUUGACCCAAGUUAAACAAUUUAAAGGCAAUGCUACCAAAUACGAAUUGAGUGGAUGUAAACUUCUGACCCACUGGGAAUGUGAUGAAAGAAGUAAAAUCUGAAAUAAAUCAUUCUCUCUACUAUUAUUCUGACAUUUCACAUUCUUAAAAUAAAGUGGUGAUCCUAACUGACCUAAAACAGGGAAUUUUUACUCUGAUUAAAUAUCAGGAAUUGUGAAAAACUGAGUUUAAAUGUAUUUGCCUAAGGUGUAUGUAAACUUCCGACUUCAACUGUACAGUAGAAUGCCACCUUGGAUGCCUUUAUGUUUAUGGUUUAGGUGCAAAUCAAGUAGUAAAGAAGCUGUGUGAAACAAACACCAGCAAUCCCAACAGUGUUUUCAGUGUACCAACACAAUGACAUAUUAUAGAAUUACAGGUUGAAAGUACACAGGAUUCAGGAAUGGUUUAUCAUUCAACUUAAGCACACAAUGGCGCUUUAGUUGCUCCAUAAUAAUAAGAAUACGGGAUAAUAUGACAAAACAGGUUCCAUAGGAUAAAUACCACACACUUACCUUUAGAAUAUUUUCAUAAUUUCUAGAAUAUUUUCAUAGAUUUGACAGUACAACAUGUAAAAAGCAUUACAGCCUAAUGAACAGUAAGCCUUAACAAUUUCUGCUUUCACAAAGCUUAAUUGAAUAACUACUAAAAUACAAUAUUAGAAUCAUAGAGUCACACAAUAGAUAACCUUGAUCAAUGACUCGCCUUGUGCUGCUGUGGCUUGUAUAUAGAUCUGCAUACUGAAGGUACUUCUGAGAAGAUAUUUAUUCAAAGAGUCUCCUGUUCUGUGUUGUUCAGUCACUAAGCCCUCAAGUGAGGACACACUAUUGUCUCAAACCCACUGUAAAGUAAGUAGCUAAAAAGUAACAUUGUGAAACUUGUGUGCUAGUAGGACUGUACAUACUGUAUAGGUUACUUAACUAUUUUCCUUGUAUUGGCAGUGCAUGCCAAAACUUUACAAAUAAAUCAAGUGGGAAAGAAA